GCGAGCACGGGCCAGGGCAGCGCGGGUUGUGCCUCCGGAAGGUGCGGGCAGCGCUGGGCAGCGGAGGCAUGCGGAAGGUGCGGGACAGCGGCGGCGCGGCCCGGGGCCUCCUCGCCCUGCUCCUCGUGGCUGUCUCAAUUAUUGAAACACAGUGCAAAAAUCAUACUGAACCUCUAGUAACACACCACAGGAGGAUCAUUUCCAGGAGGGACGCUCCGUGCAAUGGGAGUGAUUACCUGUUAGGUACUCAGUGUUGCAAGAAGUGUAAAAGUGGUUCUGUUAAAAAUGUCUCCUGCCCAACAGAUAUUAACAAACACUGUGUUCCAUGUGAGAAAGGAAAGGAAUACAUAGAUCACGACAAUGACUUGGACGAGUGUUUGAGAUGCAAAUUCUGUGACAGCAAAUUUGGUUGGGAGGUUGCACAGAACUGUACCCCAGAAAACAACACACGAUGUACCUGUGCAAAGAACUAUUACUGCAGUUCUGUAACAUGUGACCAUUGCCAUCAAUGUACCAUAUGUGAAAGCGGUGUGAUUGAAAAACAAUGUACUCCAUCUUCAGACACUGUAUGUGGAACAAAAGAAACAACAACUCUGGUGGUGGUAACUGUGGUAGUUCUGGUACCACUGCUAGCAAUAGCAAUUACUGGAGUAAUAUGCUGGCGCAAGAGAAGACGGAAAGAUCUUACAAUCAAUGGGCACCCAAGUGUUUACAAACCAGAGCCUUUUGAGCAUGUACCUCUCAUAGACAUAGAUACUGACCUGAGCAGCCACAUUCCUGCUAUUGUGGCAGAGAUGACACUUGCAGAAGUCAAGAAAUUUGUUCGUCACCACCGUCUAUCUGAGCCUGUCAUAGACCAAAACAUUCAGGAUUGUCCUGGAGAUUCAUCUGAACAGAAGAUUAGGCUGCUUCGAGUCUGGUAUAUGAGUCAUGGGAUGAAGGGAGCCUAUGGAACCCUAAUAAGCAGCCUGAGAGAGUUAAAAAUGUGUGCUGUAGCUGAUAAAAUUGAGGAAAAACUGAAGGCAGCUAUUUCCAGCUCUCAGGACACUGGACAAAGCAAAACUUGCACUCAAGAGGGCAGAAACUCUUACAAUGAUAGUGCUGAGCUAAGUAAAGCCUAUAGUGGUAGUUUGGAAGAGACCUAGAGCAGAGUAAUUUGAACAUUAUUUCUGAAUGAAUAUUUUUCUAAUAUAAAUAACAAAACUUCCAAAUGGCAUUUUCAUUGGCAGUUCUGAUUGUACUCAAGUAAGUUAUUAUAUGCAAAAGUAAUACUUGAAAAUUUUGGAGCAAUAUCCUUCCCUUUAAAAGUUUUAGCCUUUUUUGGUUGUUAGGGACUGGAAGAAGUUUUAUGACUUGUUUACUAAAAGGUGCAAUAUAAGACUCCAGCUUGUAAUGAAUAGGAUCCAUUACAAGACGAAAAAAGUUAUCAUUAUUUGAAGAGAAGGCAUGGUUUAAAUGCAUAGUCCUGCAUUAUUUAAUCAAUGUAAUGUUUUGCUUACAUUAAAAAUGCAGGAUGUUCCCCUUUUUUUGAAGGGAAAACUCUGGUGUUAUGAAUCUCAAAUGUGUACCUUGAAGAGUACUUGAAAAAAAAAGUUACCUGCCUUACACCUGAUGAGUUUGAAAUACAGGUGUUACUGUGUAGGUUUUACUCUGCUGCAAAUACAAUUCCUGCCUUUCAUAGAAGCACUUCUGUGUGUAUAUGUGUGCAAGUUUUCUAUAGAAAAAGCUCCCAGUGCAAGGUAAAAAUCAUUAUCUCUGUUGUUCUCAGCAAUGUUUGUAAGCCUCUUCUAAUGUUAGAAGCCUUCAAACAAAUAGGAGCUGAAGAGUUAGCAGCACCACAGGACCAUCAUUUCUGGAAGGCAUCCUUCAGAGUGUAUGAUACUUUUCUAAUGCAGAAACUGAUACAAUGAAACUUUAUUUUCAUUAAAAAAUGCAUAAUA